CAGAGGUCUGGCUAUCGAAUUGAAAGCGGGGCCAUUACACAAUCAUGUCUAGAAUCCAAGAGCUAGCCCGUAUCAUCGCCGUCCAUACCGAUCUAAUCGAUUUGUUCAUCACCUCCAAAGAUCAACAGCAGCCAUCUUUCGACAUCAAUCUUCCAGAAACAUUGAGUCUCCCUAGUGCUCUUCAGGAAUCUAGGAAGCUUGUUAUCGAGGCCAUGACGGAGUUGAAGGAACUUCUCCAAGGCCCCAAAGAGCUUCUGCUUAGCAAUUCUUCAAAUCAACUACUUAGUCUGCGCUAUAUAUAUCAUUUUCGGAUCGCACAUUCCUUUCCCGUUGGCGCAGAAGCUACGUUCCUCCAAAUUUCCAAGGUAUGCGGGCUUAAUGAGCCGGAUGUACGUCGAAUCAUGAGGCAUGAAAUGGCACAUCGUAUAUUCCGCGAGGUCCAGAAGGGCGUCGUUGUCCAUACAGGAGCAUCACAACUUCUUGCGCAGAACCGGCAAUUGCAAGCUUGGGUGGGCACCUGCGUUGAGGAAAUGUGGCCCUCUGCGGCAGUUCCUGCCAUGAUAAAGUGGCCAAAUUCACAAAAGCCUUCGCACACUGGCUUUUCCCUUGCGAAUGACACCGAUGAACCUAUCUACGAGACGCUGAGAAAGGACCCGCAACGAGCUGCCCGAUUCGCGGAAGGCAUGUCGUCCUUCGCCACAGGGGCAGGGUACGAAACACAGCAUGUUGUUGAAUACAGUCUUUGGUCGUCUAUAAGUGGAGGGCUUGUGGUGGAUUGCGGAGGAUCUCAUGGAGAUUUCAUGAUUGCUAUCGCCAAGAAGUAUCCGUCUUGGAAUUUCAUCGUCCAGGAUCUUGCGAGUACAAUUGAAAGCAGGCCCGAACUGCCUCCAGGCUUGGAAAAUCGGGUUACCUUCAUGGCUCAUGAUUUCUUUACUGAACAGCCUGUCAAGAAUGCUGAUGUGUAUUUCUUCAGAUGGAUAUUCCAUAAUUGGUCGGACAGGUACUCUUUGCGCAUACUUCGCAGCUUAAUUCCGGCUUUGAAACCACAAGCGAGGGUCAUCAUCAAUGACGCAUGCUUACCAGAGCCUAACACCUUACCAAUAAUGGCAGAAAGGAGUAUCAGGUCCAUGGUUCUUUCCAUGUUGCAAAUCUUGAAUGCGCGAGAGCGAGAGAAGCAAGAUUGGGAAGAUGUGUUCAAGCUAGCAGACCCAAGAUUCAAGUUCUUGGGGAUACAACAGCCACAAGAGUCUAGACUUGCUUUCAUUGAAGCCAUCUGGGAGCCUACUAGAGUGCGGGAUAAUUGA